GGGGUUCAGAAAAGCCAGCCCCAGCCAGACAUGCUCUGGAUAUGACUCAGGUCACAAUAGCUUCUAUUUCUGUUGAUGCACUUGGGUUAUCACUCCACUUCCAUCCACUCUCCCUCCCUCACUCUCUCUUGCUCUUGCAAAAAACAUGGCCGACAGAAACAGUCGAGUCAGUGUGAAGCGGAAGGAGAAGAAAACGGAGAACAAGCCCACCGAUGAGAAGGAAAAAGAAAAGGGUAAAGGUUUGAAAAGGCAGCAGGAUAAAGUUGUGAAAAAGCCAGAGAAGGUUCCUGCUCCGGUGGAAGAGGAGAAGACGAACGGGAACGCUGGAGGUGCAGCAGGCGAGGAGGUGAAGAAAAACGACGGAAACGGAGAGUUUGUGCCUUUCGAACUGCCGCCGUUUGAGAUCGUGGUAGGGGAACAGAUGAGCCCAUUCUACUUCAAAUUCCAGUUCCGGAAUGUGGAGUACUCAUCCGGGCGGAACAAGACCUUGCUGUGCUACCGAGUGGACACGCCAGGAGGCACCGCAGAGCCUCUGCAAGGUUAUCUGGAGGAUGAACAUGCCACGGUUCACACUGAAGAGGCUUUCUUUCAGCGAGUGCUCCCGAACAGCAACAGUUCCCAAGAAUAUGAAGUCACAUGGUACAUGUCUUCCAGUCCAUGUGUGGCUUGUUCUUCUAAGUUGGCUAACAUCCUCCAGCAACGCAAAAAGGUCCGUUUGUGUAUAUUCUGCUCCCGGCUUUUUGAUUGGGAAGAGCCGGAGAUCGUUGAAGGCAUCAAGGCUUUGGUGAACGCCGGCUGCAAAGUGAGGAUGAUGAAGCCGUCUGACUUCCUGCACGUUUGGGAGAACUACGUGGAGAAGGAGGAGCAGACUUUUACGCCCUGGGAGGAUUGUCAGGAAAACUACAACUAUUACGUGGAGAAACUGGCUGAUAUCCUCAAGUAAAUACAAGGAACAUCUGCAAUCAAGAUAGAAGGACGUAAACACACGUGAACACGUGAACGCACCAACACCGAAAGACCGGUGUUUUGUCGCCAUACCAACUCGAUCCUUCAGCUGAGCCAUGGUGAGGAACAUUUCGCCGUCCUCCGGCCUAUCUUCAUUGUCAUCUGCAAGAUUCGAUUAAAAAUAUAUCUGGUUAUUGUGUGUGUGUGGUAUUUUUUUUUUAAUUUUUUUUUUAUAGACUUAUUUUUAAACGCACCUGUUUUCCUGGUAAUUUUUAGAAUAACGCAUCCGCAGAAAACGGCAACAAUUCCAAAGAGGAUACACCCGGAUAUUGAAAGAAGAACCCGCCUCUUCAACACUAUGAGGUCAAAAAUUAGAACAUGACUUGUAGAUUUAAAAAAAAAAAAAAUCAAAAAAAAAAAAAAAAAAAACGAUAAA